AUGGAUUAAUUUGCUAUUGGAUUAUUCCCACUUGUAUAUGCUGGUUAUGCUUAAAUGAAAAUCAAAGGUUACAAAUAAGUUAGAAAUAAACCAGAAACAAUUGCUUUAAAAAUUAAGAUUGGUUUUCAACUCUAAAUUGCAAUAGUGCUAAUAAUUGAAUUAAUUGUAGCACUUUUCUAUAAAGAUUUACUAUCUGCUUUAUGUUGUCUCUUCUUAAUCAUUGGAUUAUUUUAUUCAUUUGGAAUUACAGUAAUAUUUCAUCAUGAAUCACUCUUAACCUUUCUACCUUUCAUUUGUCUAUUCAAUUUAAUAUGCAAUGAACUCAUACUUAAAAUAUUUGAUCUCAUUUGCUUAGUACUAUCAUCUCUUCUGGUUAUUUAUUAAAGAUAAAGAGGUGAUGAUCCAUUAGAAUAUAGUAAUUAUUUGAUUAUGACAUAUUAUAGAUCCUUUUUGUGAAUUUUUUGAAUAAUAAGAUAGUUUUAUUGCAUAAUACUUAAUCUUAUUGAAAUUCUAACCAAAUACAUAUUAAGAAGAGAUUGAAUUACAUGAAUUGAAUGAACCCACUGUUUAAGAUCAUCUAUUAGUUACUCUAUAAAACUAAACACAUUAAUAAUAACAACAUCCAACUACUUAAGUGGCUUAAUUUCUAAUUAAUUAAACUAGAUAAUCAACUAAAUUAGAUAUUAAAAAUCCUCAACUUGCAAUUAUGGAUAUUGUAUUUUCAAAAGAUGAUGAUGAAAUUUGGGAUAAAUAAAUUGAAGUUAUUGAAUCACCAAAAUAAUUACCUAAAAGAAAAGUUAGAUCAUCCUAAAUAAUAAUUGAAGAGAAUUCUUAAUCAGAAGAUGUCUCUUAUCCAUCAUUUAAAGAGGAAAUACCAAAAAUUAAUUUGAAUAAUAGAAAUUAAGUCUCAGAAAAGAGAUCUCUAUCUUAAAAAGAAAUUAAAUAAGAUUCUGAUUAUGAAUAAAUAUAAAUUAUUCGUUCUGAUGAUGAGAUUGAUAAAAUAAAUUAAGCAGAUACUAUAAAUUAAUUCUAAGAAUUAAAAUGUAAUGAUAAAUAAUCAUCUAAUAUUAUUUAACCUAAAAUUGAACAAUAAUGGUAACAACAAGUUAUUGAAAUUGUUGACAUAGAUAAAUUAGGAGGAGUAGAAAGUCCAUUAAAGUAAGAACCUAUUCCUUAAAUUUAAUAACAGUUUCCUUUUGUUGAAGACAAUGAAUAUCCUGAUAAACUGAUUGUAAUACCUUAAUAAAUCUAAUAAGAAUUGAAUAAGAAAAAAUAGUAGAAAAAAAAGAAAUAAAAAGAUGAAGGACUUAUUGCUAAAAGAAAUAGAAUGAUUAAGAGAAUUAAAAGUUUUGAAGAAUUCUAAGAUAAAAAUGAUGAUAAUAAAUCUUAAAAUAGUGAUUAAUAUGAUGAUAAAAAAAGUGAUUAUGAAAGAUAUAAGGAUGAAUUAAGUUCUGCUACUUUAUCUGAAGAUGAAAGUGAGAGUGGAGUCUAUGUUUAAUAAAAAAUGGAAAAAGUUCAAUUCAUAGUAGGAAGAUAAGUUGUUAAAAAAUUAAUCAACUAUUAACAUAAAGUUCUAAUCCCUAUAACUAUUAAAGUUAAGAAUGAUUAAUGGGUUUAGAAUUGUCAAUAUUUAGAAUUAUAUUAAUUAGCAAAUGGACAUUUACCUAAACCAUCUUAUGGAGAUGCUGAAAUUGAAAAGAAAUUGUUUUAUAUUCAACAAUGGUUAGAUGGAAUGAGUUAAAAUCCCAUACUUAUGAGAAAAGAAAUAUUAGAAUUUUUCAAUGUUCCUGAUUCUAUUAUUAAUAAAUAUGGAUUAGUUAAAAAGAUUGAAGAAGAAACAAAAAUAUCUAAACACACUAAUAAAUUCAUGAAUUCUACUUAAAAAGAAUAUUUCCUAUAAAUUAAAUAAAUUAAAGUAGAUUGUUUUAGUUCAGAAACAUCAUAGGCUUUUCCAGGAAUCGUUUAUUAUAAUUUAAGAUUCACAAUCUAAACAGAAAAAAAAUCAUUUGUCUCAGAAUGUAAAAAAACAAUAGAUGAAAUAAAAGAAGCUACUAAAAUUAUUUAAUAAGAAAGAAAUCUAAGAGUUUCACUUUAAGAUCAUGAAACAGUUAAAAAAUAAAUGAAAGCAAUAGAUUAAUUUUUAUCAGAAUUAUUUAGUCAUUAAUUUUAUUAUUGUGAUAAAUUAUUUGAUUAAUUUGGAUUAUUAUUACAGAUUAAAUGA